AUGAAAAAUAGCCUGUUGUAUUUUGUUUUAGUAGGUUUAGUUAAUUUAUGUAUAUGUUAUGAUUUUAAAACAGUGCAAGUGAAAUUAAAACAAGGAGAUUUAUCUGGGAAGGAGGAAAUUACACUUUUUAAAAAACACAAAUACUACUCAUUUCAAGGUAUACCGUUUGCAAAGCCACCUAUCGGAGAGCUAAGAUUCAAGCCACCUGUGUCUCAUGAUGGCUGGGAGAAUACUUACGAAGCUCAUACCAAUAAACCAAUAUGUUUUCAAGUUAACACUAGAAUGCGGAUGCUAGAGCCCUUUGGUAUGCACGGUUCUGAAGAUUGCCUCUAUAUCAAUGUUUUCUCACCAAAUAUAGAAGGAUCGGCACCAGUCAUAGUAUUUGAUUACAAUGACAAUUUCGGGACUAGUUUUAAUGGAACGGAAACUUAUUCACCUGAUUUUUUUAUGGAAGAAAAUAUUGUUGUUGUUACUAUAAACCAUCGGCUUGAAGUAUUAGGUUAUUUAACAACGGAAAAUGAUGUUAUACCAGCUAAUAUUGGCUUACGAGAUUUUAUAAUGGGCUUACAAUGGAUACAGGACAAUAUAAAGCAACUUGGCGGGGACCCAAACAGAGUAACGAUUAUGGGAAACCGAGGCGGAGCAAUUAUUGCAGAUAUUUUACUUCACUCACAAAAAGCCAAAAACCUUUUCACCGGUAUUAUAAUGCAAAGUGGAACGGCUUUAGAAAACUUAUUUUUUAAAACAAAUGGUCGUGAAAAAGCUUUUAAACUCGCUGAAGUACUAAACAUAACAGCAGACAACAGCGAAACACUUCUUAAAGAACUACAAAAAGUAGAUGUUGAAGUUCUAUAUAAAAACAUCAGUGAUGUAUUAACUGAUGAAGAUGAAAUGCAAGUGAAUGUAUAUCCUUUCUCUCCUGUUGUAGAAAAUGAUUAUCCAGAUGCAAUACUUACAACAUUUCCAGGUGAAAGUAAAAUUGUCAACGACGUCCCGAUCAUGAUAGGUAUGAAUUCUAGAGAAGGGUUAGACUUAGCCUCGCUUUAUCUAUUUCAACCUCAAUUAAUAGCAGAAUUGGAUCAUAAAUUCCUAUUCACAUUCCCUGUGCAUAGUAAAUUAAGAUUUGAGAAUAAAAGCAAGGUAUAUGACGAAGCGAUUAAAGAAAUACAUAACUUUUAUUUCAAAGAGGGCUACUUUUACUACGGAAAUCUAUUAGAAUAUGCUGUAUACGUAGGUGAUAUGCUGCAAUCAUAUGCUAUUAAUGCCGCUGCGAAAAAACUUGCAGGAAAAUCUCAAUCACCGGUAUAUUUUUACGUGUUUGACUUCAGGGGACUAUUAAAUGAAAAUAUUAAUUACAUUUCGCAAAACACUAGAUUCAGCUUGAAGCAUGAGGGUGCAACUAUUACUGAUGAAUUAUGCUACUUACAUUUGUGUAGUAGAAUCAAAAAAACUUACAAAGAACUCCUAAGUCUAGUGAGCCAGCAAACUGAAAUAAAGGUUUUGAGAAAAAUGGUACGAUUAUGGGCUAACUUCGCAAGAACCAGAAAUCCCACUCCUUCCGAAGAAGAUGACAUUCUGAAAAAGUUUAAAUGGCUGCCAAUAAAUAAAGCUAGCAACAAUACAGACUACCUUCACAUAACGAAAACCUUAAACAUGGAUGUGAAUCCUUUGGGUGAAAGAGAAAAGUUUUGGGACAAUUUUGUAGAAAAAUAUUCAAAACUUGCUAAGGAUGGUGUAAUACAAGAUGAAAAGAAACAAGAGGAAAAUGCACAAGGCGAAGAGACUCAAGAUGAAAAGAUACAAGAUGAAUUAUAAAUAAUGAAUAAAUGUAUUUUUACCU